AUGGACGAGAAACCUACCCCUCGGGAUUGUGAUAUUCCUGGUGGUUAUCCCGAGACGCCUAGUCUUGCCCCAACCAGUGGCCGUCCCACGCCCAUGGGUGUUUCUGGGGAUCGAAACAGGAAUCCAUCCGUCACCCACGUAACAAAUUCGAGGUCUGGCCAGAGAUCCCAAAGUCAUGUUCAAACGUCCUACUUUACGACCACCUCCACUGUUACUGGCGACACUUCGUCGUCCACCGUCACCCUUUCUGGCCAUGGCGCCGCAGCAACAGGCAGUCGCAAACCUUCCAGUGGGCUGGACGAUGUGUCGGAAAAACAGAUAUACCUUGAAGGUGAAUCGACCUCGCCUUCUCCAAGCGCCAUGUCUCCGACCGAUAGCACUCACUUUGCGCCUCUGAAUACCAACACCAGCAAUGCGAAAAGGCCGAACGCACACAGGCAAGGUAGCAAUGUCACCGAAGACGACCUUUUUCGAGCGCUGUCGCGCCGUCGUACGAAUGCAACGAAUCUGAAUGAACCCGAGCAGGGAGAGGAACAACAAGAGAUCGAGCGUCUGAUGUCACGGAUUUUCGGCCGAGCACGACAAGAACAGAGCGAGGAGGAAAAGACUAGGCACAGCGGCGUUAUCUUCCGUAAUCUCACCGUCAAGGGUGUUGGUCUCGGAGCUAGUCUGCAACCAACAAUUGGAGAUAUUUUCCUCGGUUUGCCGCGCAAGGUCAAAAUGCUCUUCACCCGCGGACCCAAAACAGCGUUUGCCAAGCCACCAGUUCGCGAGUUGAUCAGUCACUUCGAUGGCUGUGUCCGCCCCGGAGAACUUCUCCUUGUUUUGGGUCGUCCAGGGUCGGGUUGCAGCACAUUUCUGAAGGCUUUUUGCAAUCAGCGAGCAGGAUUUGAAGCCAUUGAGGGUAAGGUUACUUACGGGGGCGCCCCUGCUGGGGAGAUGAGCAAGAAGUUCCGAGGAGAGAUCAUCUACAACCCAGAGGACGACCUUCAUUACCCAACCCUUACUGUCAAAAGAACCCUCAACUUUGCCCUCCAAACUCGGACUCCUGGUAAAGAGUCGAGACUCGAUGGAGAAAGCAGAGAAGACUAUAUCCAGGAGUUUAUGCGGGUGGCCACGAAAUUGUUUUGGAUCGAGCAUACCCUUGGGACAAAGGUUGGUAACGAAUUUGUGCGAGGCGUUUCCGGUGGCGAGAGGAAGCGUGUCAGUAUUGCAGAGGCAAUGAUCACCCGGGCAUCUGUUCAAGGGUGGGAUAACUCUAGCAAGGGCCUCGAUGCCAGCACUGCUGUGGAAUAUGUGCGGUCGAUCCGAGCGAUGACCAAUAUGGCCCAGACUUCGACAGCUGUGUCGUUAUAUCAAGCUGGCGAAUCCCUCUAUGACCUCGUCGACAAGGUGCUGCUUAUCGACUCUGGGAAGUGUCUUUACUACGGACAUUCCGAGGCAGCCAAACAGUACUUUAUUGAUCUUGGUUUCGAGUGCCCGGAGCGAUGGACAACCGCCGACUUCCUCACUUCGGUUACGGAUGUGCACGAGCGGCACAUUCGUGAGGGAUGGGAGAACCGGAUCCCUAGAACCCCUGAAGAAUUUGAUACGGCAUACAGAAAUAGCGACGCCUAUCAAAGAAAUCUCAGUGACAUUGAGGACUUUGAGUCUCAGCUUUCCCAACAGAUGGAGCAGCGCCGCCAGCAUGAAUCCAAGAAAUCAGAGACGAAGAACUACGAGAUUCCCUUCCACAAACAGGUUCUGUACUGCACAAAGCGUCAGUUCAUGGUAAUGGCAGGCGAUCGAGCAUCUCUUUUCGGGAAAUGGGGCGGCCUGGUGUUCCAGGGCCUCAUUGUUGGCAGUCUGUUUUACAAUCUCCCAAACACCGCCGCUGGAGCGUUCCCUCGUGGCGGAACUCUAUUCUUCCUCCUUCUGUUCAAUGCCUUGCUGGCUCUUGCGGAACAAACUGCUGCAUUCGAGUCAAAGCCCAUCCUGCUAAAGCACAAGUCCUUUUCCUUCUACCGCCCCGCCGCUUUUGCCAUAGCUCAAACGGCCGUGGAUGUGCCCCUCGUCUUCAUUCAAGUUGUCCUCUUCAACGUCAUCAUCUACUGGAUGUCCAACCUAGCAAGAACGGCAUCUCAGUUCUUCAUCGCCACACUCAUACUCUGGCUAGUCACCAUGGUGACUUACGCAUUCUUCCGGGCUAUCUCUGCUUGGUGUAAGACUCUGGAUGAUGCAACGAGAUUCACGGGUGUGUCUGUGCAGAUCCUGAUCGUCUACACUGGAUAUCUCAUUCCGCCCAGUUCAAUGCGGCCGUGGUUUGGGUGGCUUCGGUGGAUCAACUGGAUCCAGUACGGCUUUGAGUGCCUCAUGUCUAACGAAUUCUACAAUCGUCAACUUGAAUGCGGUCCACCCUACUUGGUCCCACAGGGACCGAACGCAUCACCAGAAUACCAAGGCUGCGCCCUCGCCGGAAGUUCUCCGGGACAAACCAUUGUACCUGGUUCAAAUUACAUCGAGGCCUCAUUCACGUACACUCGCUCCCACCUUUGGCGGAACUUCGGCUUUCUCUGGGCUUUCUUCAUCGCCUUCGUCAUCCUAACCGCCUUGGGCAUGGAGCACAUGAAACCCAACACCGGUGGCGGUGCCAUUACGGUCUUCAAGCGCGGGCAAGUUCCCAAAAAGGUGGAGAACAGCAUAGAUACUGGCGGUAGAGCGAAGAAGAAUGAUGAGGAGUCUGGUGCAUCUAACAAUGAUAGUGCAAAUGCAACGGCCAAUGACACGAUCAACGAGAAGGACGACCAGGAUACGAUGAAACAAGUUGCUCGAAAUGAGGCCGUCUUCACAUUCCGAAAUGUUAACUAUGUCAUUCCAUAUGAGAAGGGCCAACGUACUUUAUUGAACGAUGUCCAAGGAUUUGUUCGGCCAGGCAAGCUCACUGCGCUUAUGGGCGCUUCUGGCGCCGGAAAGACAACUUUGCUCAACGCCCUGGCUCAACGCCUCAACUUUGGCACCAUUACAGGUGAAUUCCUUGUCGAUGGUCGGCCUCUCCCAAGGUCUUUCCAGAGAGCAACUGGCUUCGCUGAGCAAAUGGACAUCCACGAGCCCACUGCCACAGUCCGAGAGGCCCUCCAGUUUUCGGCCCUUCUUCGCCAGCCUAGGGAGGUGCCCAAGCAAGAAAAGUUCCAGUAUUGCGAGACGAUUAUUGAUCUGCUCGAGAUGCGUGACAUCGCGGGCGCCACGAUAGGCAAAGUAGGCGAGGGUCUCAACGCAGAGCAGCGAAAGAGACUCACCAUCGGUGUGGAGUUGGCAUCAAAGCCUGAGCUCCUCAUGUUCUUGGAUGAGCCUACUUCGGGUCUCGAUUCUGGUGCCGCCUUCAACAUUGUCCGCUUUCUACGCAAGCUGGCAGACGCCGGCCAAGCCGUGCUCUGCACCAUCCAUCAACCUUCUGCAGUUCUGUUCGAGGACUUUGAUGAACUCUUGCUUCUCAAGGCGGGAGGCCGUGUUGCCUACCACGGUCCCUUAGGGAAGGACAGUCAAAACCUAAUUCAGUAUUUCGAGUCGAAUGGUGCUCACAAGUGCCCUCCCAACAGCAACCCUGCCGAGUACAUGCUGGAAGCCAUCGGAGCAGGCGACCCUAACUAUAAGGGCAAGGAUUGGGGCGAUGUCUGGGCACAGUCCGAGCACAACAAGUCUCGAUCCCGGGAAAUCGAUGAGAUGUUAUCCAGCAGACGGGAUGUCGAACCAUCCAAAAGCCUCAAAGACGAUCGCGAGUAUGCCAUGCCGCUCGCCACGCAGACCAUGGCAGUUGUCAAGCGGUCUUUCAUCGCGUAUUGGCGGACGCCUAACUACAUUGUCGGCAAGUUCAUGUUGCAUAUUCUCACCGGCCUGUUCAAUUGCUUCACCUUCUACAAAAUCGGAUAUGCAUCUGUCGACUACCAGAAUCGGCUUUUCUCCGUCUUCAUGACUCUCACCAUCAGUCCUCCCCUGAUCCAACAACUCCAGCCCGUCUUCCUACAUUCGCGGCAGAUCUUCCAGUGGCGUGAGAACAAUGCAAAGAUCUAUAGUUGGUUUGCUUGGACGACGGCGGCUGUGCUCGUUGAGAUACCGUACGCCAUCAUCGCCGGAGCUGUCUAUUUCAACUGCUGGUGGUGGGGUGUUUUUGGAUGGCGCCUUCCGAGCUUCAACUCUGGCUUCGCCUUUCUUCUCGUCAUCCUGUUUGAGCUGUACUACGUGAGCUUUGGGCAAGGGAUUGCGGCCUUCGCCCCCAACGAGCUCCUUGCUUCCUUACUUGUACCCAUCUUCUUUUUGUUCGUCGUCAGUUUCUGCGGUGUGGUUGUGCCACCCAUGCAGCUCCCGACAUUCUGGCGAGAUUGGAUGUAUUGGCUCACGCCAUUCCACUACUUACUCGAAGCGUUCCUUGGGGUUGCCAUUCACGACCAGCCCGUUCAGUGUGAGGCAGGAGAGUUUGCUAGGUACCAGCCACCGCCUAACCAGUCUUGCGAAGAAUACACACAGCCCUAUAUACAGCAAGCCGGUGGAUACGUUCAGACGGGAGAGGGUGGCAUUUGCGAGUUCUGCCAGUACGCGACAGGUGACCAAUUUGGCACCGGAUUCAACGUCUACUACAGCAACAUCUGGCGUGAUUUCGGGAUUUUCUGCGGGUUCAUCAUCUUCAACUAUUUCGUCGUAUACCUUGGAACCUGGCUUAAGUUUAAGGGCAAUAACCCUUUCAAGAAGAUGAUUAUGAAAAAGAAGAGCAGCAGUGGGUAG